CUUGGCGGAAGAAAAAUAUCCCUGGUUGGAGCUGUUCGAUGAACAUCAGGAAACAAUUGAGGGGAUACGAGUUAUGGUUAUCCCGUUCUACUUGGGUUGCCACGAUGCGCCGACUGCUUCCGUUGAUUGGUAUCGCAACAGAGAAGAAUACCAAUCAUGAUAAAGGAACAAAGCAAAUCACAGGGGGUAGACAAAAAGGAGAACAACAAAGAUUCAUCCGGUAUUUCCUAUUUCAACUCGGAGGAGUACGAUUAGAAAAACCGUUCACAAGAACAGCACCAGAAAACAGCAUCCGAAUCCGGUUACAGAAGAAGCCUAUAGGACCGGCAAUGAGGCGGAUGUUAAUCGAAAUUUCAAGCAAAAGGCGACUGAAGGUGCGGAAAAGUGCCGAGGAAGGAUCUCCUCCGGACAUCGUCUUCGGUGGAUGUGCAUCGAACAGUUCUUCCGACCGAGAACAAGAAGUCGAUCCCUCUAUGUAAAGCAAAAAAAAUAUUUUACAUCCCGUCCUGGCAUAUGAAUUGGGCAACAUUGCCAUGAAGAAGUACCGCAUGAUGGAAGUUUCAAGUUGAGCCAUGAGUUUGCGCCAAAAUAAAAAAAAAACUAUAUUCCGGC